AUGCCUAGCAAGGGGCAUGAUGUAGGAUCGUGGCACAACAACGCAAGCGAGAGAACACGGAGCAAACAUUCCUCACUCACUGGGGAUCGCCGCUCGAUUCAGCGUAUAACUGUUGUCAGAGGGCAUCUGAAACGAACUGUCAGUCAUUCCCAGCAGAUCCAGGAGCAAAAGCUAAAACUUCCAAUCGAGCUUGAACUUUCUUUCGCCUUUUCCGUCAAGUGA